CCUUCUCCACUAUCAUUCUUGAACCAACAUGCACUAUAUCUGGUUUCCCCGGACCUUGCAUUCACUAUAUCUGGUCUCCCUGGACCCUGCAUUCACUAUAUCUGGUCUCCCCGGACCCUGCAUUCACUAUAUCUGGUCUCCCCGGACCCUGCAUUCACUAUAUCUGGUCUCCCCGGACCCUGCAUUCACUAUAUCCACUCUCCCCAGACCCUGCAUUCACUAUAUCUGGUUUCCCCGGACCUUGCAUUCACUAUACAGUAUCUGGUCUCCCCGCACCCUGCAUUCACUAUAUCUAGUCUCCCCGGACCCUGCAUUCACUAUAUCUGCUCUCCCCAGACCCUGCAUUCACUAUAUCCGUUCUCCC